GGGCGCCCCCGCCUUGACGUCAGGAGAAGGGUUUAUAAAGGCGGCGGGCGGCGAGGAGAUCCCCAACGCCGGAGCCGAGCAGCAGCGGAGCCGCCAGCGCCUCCCGCCGCCGCCUCCCGCGCCCGACCCGCCGGCGAGAUGCUGUCGUGCCGCCUCCAGUGCGCCCUGGCCCUGCUCUCCAUCGCCCUGGCCCUCGGCACCGUCUCGGCCGCCCCCUCGGACCCGCGGCUCCGGCAGUUCCUGCAGAAGUCGCUGGCCGCCGCCGCCGGGAAGCAGGAACUGGCCAAGUACUUUUUGGCAGAACUGCUUUCAGAGCCAAGUCAGACAGAAAAUGAAGCCCUGGAGUCUGAGGACUUGUCCCGAGGGGCUGAGCAGGAUGAAGUGAGACUGGAGCUGGAGCGCUCGGCUAACUCAAAUCCCGCUCUGGCACCCCGGGAACGCAAAGCAGGCUGCAAGAACUUCUUCUGGAAAACUUUCACAUCCUGUUAGCUUUUGAAACCCACCUCUCCUCCCCAUCCAUCCCUGCCCUGCCCUGAGCAGAACCUUCACCACAAGAGGCGAAGACUGUAAAUACACAAUCCACAGUUAUGGUGAAAUUAAACAAAGAAGGAAAAUUUGAGUUUGAUUUCCACUUGUUUUAAUAAAACUUUCUGUUCCAAUUGUACAUGAUUUGCUUGAGUUGUGAUUUCUGACUAGUUCUUUGAUGACAUGCACUCUGCAACUCUUUCAAAUGUACUAUUUUUAAUUCUCUGUUGCAAUAAAAUUUAUGUUUCAAACGGUGA